AUGCUGGACUCGGCAACGCUCUUCGACGAGCUGCCGAAGUCUAUUCCGAUCGAGUACGAAGACCACGGCGACGAUUUAUUGAGCUUCAUCGAAAAAUGUCGCAAAAAGCGAAUCCGGACGGACGUCGAAUUACGCAUCAGCGAGCAGUCCAUUCUCGUCCAUUCUUACGUCCUCGCUGCUUACUCUGAAGUCUUCCACGAGUUCCUCUUCCCCGAGUUCUACUGCAACCGCCCGCCGAGCAAGGACGAAGAGAGCAUUCUCAGCUACUCGAAAAAGGACGAAGACAAUAUUUUGCAGAUUUUGAAAUGGAUGUACACCGGCGAGCUGCAUUUGCACGAGCAGAGCGUCUACCCGAUUAUGAAUCUCGCCAAGCGUCUGGAAAUUCCAAAGCUGGUUUCAAAGUGCAAACGAAUCGUUCAAGGCGACACGGUUCUCCCGCCCCUUCCUUCCGUCCAAAAGCGAUUCACUGAGAGCUCCACUCAAUUCGCUCUAGAAGACGGAGAAAAUGCGAAUUCAAUGAACCAAGAAGCUAGUACAAUCAUCAUCGUCUCUCCUGAACAUGCACAAGGAAUGGAUGGCCACAGUAGCGAGCCCCGUCCCCUAAACAGCGGCGAAGAAAACGGCGAACUGCCGCAAGUGUCGUCGACGACGCAGAUCAUUUCCCUCGCAUCUUCUCGACGGCAGCAAGUUGGAGGAAAUGCUCAAAACGCUGCUGCGGAAACGGAAGAGAUGGUGCUCCAAGAUGACGAUGGCUCCAUGCUGCCUUUGAAUGACGAUUCCGUGCUAGAGAACGAACGCGUCGAACUCGGACAAGGAGUGGAAGAUCGCUUCGAAGCCGUGCCGAACGGAUUCAAGUGCAAAUCGUGCCGCCAGACCUUUCCAUCAAAAGAAGAAACGCUCAAGCACAUCAAGGCAUUGCACAGCCAUCAUUUUACCUGCACCGUCUGUCAGCGUCCCUUCACGAACCAGCACAACCUCCGGCGACACAUGAUGAUCAAGCACUCGGACGAAGCGGACAAAAAGUUCGAGUGCGACGUCUGCGGAAAACGAUACGCGAUCAAACAGAGUCUCCAGUAUCACAUGAAAAAGGCGCACAAAUCGCACGACAAUGACACGAACGACGAUGUGAAUGAAGAAGAAAUGAAACGCGUCGAGGAAGACUACACCCGUCAAUCAGCCAGGCCAGAAUAUGGAUUGGAAGAAGCGCUGGAAGAGCUGAGUCGACACGAAGAUCCGCAAGAAGAGCAGUCCAUUCAGUACCGGAAUAUCAGUUCGAACCUGCUUCCUCCGGCGGCAAACACGAUCUCCGCGCAAGCUCCCUCCCUUCUUUCCGACCCACUCGCCUCUUACCUCAAUCCUGUUUCAACCCUCGCCCAGACUGCUCCUUCAAUUCAAAUGAUGGCUAGCUCACUGCCAGCGCCGAUGCCCUUCGAGGUUCCUGUACAACAUGACCAUGGAGAAGCUGCUCCGACGCUCACCAUGCUAACACCAGCGCCAAUCAGUCAGAAAACCUAUCAAAUGUACCAUCUUCAAAAUCAGUGCGAUUUCUGCAAGAAAAUCUUCAACAACUCGCUGGACUACCAGAAGCACAAGAAAAGCUGCAACAAGCACAAAUGCAAACACUGCAACAGGGCGUUUUCCCAACUUGGAAAUCUUAGGCGGCAUGUGACUAUUCUUCAUUCAGGAGACAAGCCGUACAAAUGCAGCAUGUGCUCCAAAGCGUAUAGCAUCAAGCAAUCUCUCCGUUAUCACAUGCAUCAUACGCAUGGAAUCUAUGAAAGCCAUCCAAGUCAGAACUCGUCGCAUUCGAAUGCCAUGCUCGGAAUCACGCAGCCUCCUUUGAUGCUUCCUUCGAGCGAAAGCUGA